AGGCAGCAGGUUAACAUCUAUGAACUGAGUCCAGCUGAAGACUUUCUCUCACCCAUCUCUCGCUGUUGGAUUUACCUUCAUUUUUUUUUCUUGGAUAUUUAUUUCAAGACAACACCUGGAUUCAUCAACUGCGGAUCUAUGCGAACCCAACGCGGGAGUCAACAACAUUUGUGAAGUUGAAGAGGAGGAAUGUAUCGUUUCUUUGUGAAAUUAACAUUUCUGAUUCCAGCAAUCGCCAUCGCACAAGGUCUUAAAUGCUCUCUACCUACCGAGGCAUGCCUUAAUGGAGGAAGAUGUGAAGCCACCCCAAACGGAAAUGGUGAAUGCAAGUGUCCCAGUGACUACAUAGGCAGCCGGUGCCAGUAUCCAAAUCCCUGCAGUCCUUCGCCAUGCCGCAACGGUGGCGAAUGCCGCGCUGUUUCCCAUAGCAACACGUUCGAUUUCCGCUGCGUGUGCCGCCUGGGUUUCACUGACCGACUGUGCCUGACCCCCACCAACCACGCCUGUAUGAGCUCCCCCUGUCGCAAUGGAGGAACAUGCCAUCUCAUUGCCCUCAAUGCCUACCGCUGCGACUGUCCACCUGGAUGGUCUGGUAAAACCUGCCAGGCUGCCAACCCAUGUGCUUCCAAUCCAUGUGCAAAUGGUGGCCUGUGCUCAGCCUUAGAAUCCACCUACAUCUGCAAAUGCCCACGCGCUUUUACUGGUCAAACCUGCAAGCAGGAUGUAAACGAGUGUGCCCAGACUCCCUCUCCCUGUCUCAAUGGCGGCGUAUGCGUGAAUGAGGUGGGCUCGUAUCACUGCCGUUGUCCUCAAGAGUACACAGGCCAGCACUGCGAGAACCCCUAUCUGCCAUGCAGCCCGUCACCAUGCCAGAAUGGAGGCACUUGCGUCCAGAAGGGGGACACCGCUUACGACUGUAGCUGUCUUCCAGGCUUCACAGGCCACAACUGUGAGAUCAACAUCGAUGACUGUCCAGGCCACAGCUGCCAGAACGGUGGUGUUUGUGUGGACGGGGUGAACACCUACAACUGCCGAUGCCCACCUCAUUACACAGGUCAAUACUGCACAGAAAAUGUGGACGAGUGCGAGCUGAUGCCCAAUGCAUGUCAGAAUGGCGGGACAUGCCAUGACACGCAUGGUGGCUAUCACUGCGUCUGUGUAAAUGGGUGGACUGGCGACGACUGCAGCGAGAACAUUGAUGACUGCGCCAGUGCAGCUUGUCACCACGGUGCCACCUGCCACGACCGCGUGGCCUCAUUCUUCUGCGAGUGCCCCCAUGGACGCACAGGUCUGUUGUGCCACCUUGAUGAUGCCUGCAUCAGCAACCCAUGCCAGAAGGGCUCCAACUGCGACACCAACCCAGUCAAUGGCAAGGCAAUAUGCACCUGUCCCCCAGGUUACACUGGAUCGGCCUGCAACCUGGAUAUCGAUGAGUGCUCUCUGGGUGCUAACCCCUGUGAGCAUGGCGGUCGCUGCCUCAACACAAAGGGCUCCUUCCAGUGCAAGUGCCUCCAAGGGUAUGAAGGGCCUCGUUGUGAGAUGGAUGUCAACGAAUGCAUGUCUAAUCCUUGCCACAAUGAUGCCACCUGCCUGGACCAGAUCGGAGGGUUCCACUGCAUCUGCAUGCCAGGAUAUGAGGGUGUGUUCUGCCACAUCAACACAGAUGAGUGUGCCAGCCAACCUUGUCUCAACAAUGGCAAGUGCAUUGACAAGAUCAACUCCUUCCACUGCGAGUGCCCCAAAGGCUUUUCAGGGAGUCUCUGUCAGGUGGACGUUGACGAGUGUGCCAGCACACCCUGCAAGAAUGGAGCUAAAUGCACCGAUGGACCCAACAAGUACACCUGUGAAUGUGCUGAAGGAUACACAGGGCAGCACUGUGAGAUUGACAUCAAUGAGUGCUACUCCAAUCCCUGCCACUAUGGCACCUGCAGGGAUGGCCUGGCUUCCUUCACCUGUCAGUGCCGCCCAGGCUACACUGGCCGCUUGUGUGAAACUAACAUCAACGAGUGUCUAAGCCAGCCCUGUAAGAACGGCGGCAUUUGCCAGGACAGGGAGAAUACAUACAUCUGUUCCUGCCCACAAGGCACUGCGGGUUUCAAUUGUGAAGUGAACCUGGAUGACUGCAAGAGCAAGCCCUGUGACUACGGGAAGUGCAUCGACAAAAUAAAUGGCUAUGAAUGUGCAUGCGAGCCCGGUUACACAGGAGCAAUGUGUAACAUCAACAUUGACGACUGUGCCAUCAACCCCUGUCACAAUGGAGGCACAUGUGUGGAUGGCAUCAAUAGCUUCACCUGCCUGUGCCCAGAGGGAUACAAUGAUGCCACCUGUUUGUCCGAGGUUGAUGAGUGUAGCAGCAACCCCUGCAUACAUGGCAGAUGCCAGGACCUUCUUAAUGGAUACAAAUGUACCUGUGACUCUGGCUGGAGCGGUCAAAAUUGCGACAUCAAUAACAAUGAAUGUGAGUCCAACCCAUGCAUGAACGGAGGAACCUGCAAGGAUAUGACCAGCGGAUACCACUGCACGUGCCGAGUUGGCUUCACAGGUCCUAAUUGCCAAACUAACAUCAAUGAGUGCGCCUCCAACCCCUGCCUCAACCAGGGCACUUGCAUCGAUGAUGUGGCUGGAUACAAGUGCAAUUGUUUGCUUCCUUACACCGGGGAAAAUUGUGAGACUCUACUGGCCCCCUGCAGUUCCAGGCCAUGUAAAAAUGGUGGAAUAUGUAAGGAGUCGGAAGAUUAUCAAAGCUUCUCCUGCAUCUGCCCUGAAGGAUGGCAAGGUCAAACAUGUGAGAUCGAUAUCAAUGAAUGUGUGAAGAGCCCAUGCCGCAAUGGCGCCCUUUGCCUCAACACCAUGGGAGGUUACCAGUGCAAGUGCCAGCCGGGUUACUCUGGCCAGAAGUGUGAGACAGACAUCGAUGACUGCAAACCAAAUCCCUGCAGUAAUGGUGGCCUGUGCCGCGAUGGCAUCAACAGUUUCACAUGCACCUGUCCGCCCGGGUUUCGUGGUGGCAGAUGUGAGCAGGACAUAAAUGAGUGCGAGAGCAACCCGUGCAGGAACGGGGCCAACUGCACCGAUUGUGUGAACAGCUACACCUGCACCUGCCCACCUGGCUUCAGCGGUAUCAACUGUGAGAUCAACACAAACGACUGCACUGACAGUUCUUGCUUUAAUGGUGGCACCUGUGUGGAUGGAAUCAACACUUUCACCUGCCUGUGCUUACCCGGAUUCACAGGGAGCUAUUGUCAAUAUGAUAUCAAUGAGUGUGACUCCAAGCCAUGCCUCAAUGGAGGCACUUGUCUUGACAGUUAUGGGACCUACAAAUGCACCUGUCCUCAUGGCUACACAGGGAUCAAUUGUCAGAAUCUUGUGCGCUGGUGUGACUCUGCUCCCUGCAAAAAUGGAGGCUCGUGUUGGCAGCAAGGUGCCUCCUACACCUGCCAGUGUCAGACUGGAUGGACUGGCCUCUACUGUGACAUCCCAAGUGUUUCCUGUGAGGUGGCGGCUAAACAGCAAGGUGUUGACGUGGCUCACUUGUGCUGGAAUUCGGGCCAGUGUCUGGAUGCUGGAAACACGCAUUAUUGCCGCUGCCAAGCUGGCUACACUGGCAGUUACUGCCAGGAACAGGUGGACGAGUGCUCACCCAACCCUUGCCAAAAUGGAGCCACCUGCACUGAUUAUCUAGGAGGCUACAGUUGUGAGUGUGUCCCUGGCUACCAUGGUGUGAACUGCUCAAAAGAGAUCAAUGAAUGUCAGUCUCAGCCCUGCCAAAAUGGAGGGACAUGCAUCGACCUAAUCAACACAUACAAGUGCUCGUGUCCCAGAGGAACACAAGGUGUCCACUGCGAGAUUAACUUAGAUGACUGCAACCCCUUCAGAGACCCACUCACUAAUGAGCCCAAGUGCUUUAACAAUGGCAAGUGUGUGGACCGCAUUGGAGGCUACCAGUGUGUGUGCCCACCGGGUUAUGUAGGUGAGCGCUGUGAAGGGGACGUCAAUGAGUGUUUGUCAGAUCCUUGUGACCCCAGAGGCUCCUACAACUGCAUCCAACUCACCAACAGCUACCGGUGUGAAUGCCGCACUGGGUAUACAGGCCAGCGUUGUGACAAGGUAUUUGAUGGCUGCAAAGGGCGACCUUGCAGAAAUGGGGGGACAUGUGCUGUUGCCAGUAACACACCUCAUGGUUUUGUCUGCAAAUGUCCACCUGGUUUCACUGGCUCCACCUGCGAGUAUGACUCUCGUGCCUGUGGGAGUCUGAAUUGCAGGAAUGGUGGCACGUGUGUGUCAGGCCACCUAAGUCCACGCUGCCUGUGUCCUUCAACCUUCACCGGGCCUGAGUGCCAAACUCCGACUGACAGCCUCUGCAUCUCGAACCCCUGUUACAAUGGUGGCACUUGUCAGAUAACUCCAGACCCUCCGUUUUUCCAGUGUAGCUGCCCCAGCAACUUCAAUGGUCUGCUCUGCCAUAUACUUGACUACUCGUUCGUUGGCGGGUUUGGCCGGGACAUCACCCCACCUCCGGAGGUGGAGAUGAGCUGCGAGAUUCCACAGUGUGACGAGUUUGCAGGAAACCACAUCUGCAACUCAGUGUGCAACAACCACGCCUGCGGCUGGGAUGGAGGAGACUGUUCGCUUAAUUUUGAUGAUCCGUGGCAAAACUGCUCCUCUGCUUUACAGUGUUGGCGAUACUUCAAUGAUGGGAAGUGUGAUGGGCAGUGUAAUAGCCCUGGGUGUCUCUAUGAUGGUUUUGAUUGCCAAGGACAAGAAGGACAAUGCAACCCUCUAUAUGAUCAGUAUUGUAAAGACCACUAUGCUGAUGGUCACUGUGACCAGGGCUGCAACAACGCAGAAUGUGAAUGGGAUGGACUGGACUGUGCCAACAACAUGCCAGAGAAACUGGCUGAUGGACAUUUAGUUCUUGUGGUCCACAUCCCACCAGAUGAGCUUAAGAACCGCUCUUCAGCCUUCCUCAGAGAGCUCAGCAGUGUCCUUCACACUAAUGUGGUGUUCCGCCGUGACGCCAAAGGAGAACCCAUGAUCUUCCCUUACUAUGGCAAUGAGCAAGACCUUGUUAAGCAUAAUGUGCUGAAGCGCUCUGCAGAUGGGUGGCCUGACUGGUCUUCGAUGCCAGCCAGUGUUUUGGAUCAAGUUAAAGAGGGUGUGUCAUCCAUCGUCAGCUCCCGGAAACGCAGAGAGUUGGAUCCUUUGCAAAUCAAAGGGUCUGUGGUGUACCUGGAGAUUGACAACCGUCAGUGUUACCAGCAGUCUACUGAAUGCUUCCAGAGUGCCACAGAUGUAGCUGCAUUCCUUGGAGCACUGGCCACCAGUGGGAAUCUCAAUGUUCCCUACAUUGAAGCUGUCACAAGUGUGAGACCCACUCCCUCUGAUUCAGAGCUCUACCCCAUGUAUAUAAUCUUCCUCGGUUUGGCUGCUCUGGGUUUCAUCUGUCUGGGUGUUCUGGUGUCCCGUAAGCGGCGACGAGAGCACGGCCAGCUCUGGUUUCCUGAAGGAUUCAAAGCAUCGGAGCCAAGCAAAAAGAAACGCAGCGAGCCACUGGGAGAGGAUUCUGUUGGCUUAAAGCCAAUGAAACACUCGGACAUGAACCUCAUGGAUGACAAUCAAAAUGAAUGGGAGGACGAGGAUCCGGAGUGCAAACGCUUCAGGUUUGAGGAACAGGCCAUGUUGGAUUUGGGUGAUCAUACAGAUCACAGGAAAUGGACACAGCAACAUCUGGAUGCAGCGGACCUGCGGAUUGAAUCCAUUGCUCCUACACCUCCUCAGGGAGACAUAGAGAAUGGAUGCAUGGAUGUCAAUGUCAGAGGACCAGAUGGUUUUACUCCCUUGAUGAUCGCCUCCUGCAGCGGUGGAGGACUGGAGAAUGGCAACAGUGAAGAGGAAGAGGAUCCAUCGGCAGAAAUAAUCUCUGACUUUAUUUACCAGGGCGCCAACCUCCAUAACCAGACUGACCGUACAGGCGAGACUGCCCUCCACCUGGCUGCCCGCUAUGCCCGCUCAGAUGCUGCCAAACGCCUCUUGGAAUCCAGCGCAGAUGCCAACGUUCAGGACAACAUGGGUCGCACACCGCUUCAUGCAGCCGUGGCAGCAGAUGCACAGGGAGUGUUCCAGAUUUUAAUCCGAAACCGUGCUACUGAUCUUGACGCCCGCAUGCACGAUGGAACAACACCAUUGAUUCUGGCGGCCCGUUUAGCAGUUGAGGGCAUGGUUGAAGAACUUAUCAACUGUCACGCCGAUGCUAAUGCCACUGAUGAAUCUGGUAAAUCUGCUCUGCACUGGGCUGCAGCUGUAAACAAUGUGGAGGCUGCUGUGGUACUGCUGAAAAAUGGUGCCAACAAAGAUAUGCAAGAUAAUAAGGAAGAAACGCCGCUCUUCUUGGCAGCCCGUGAAGGGAGCUAUGAGACAGCGAAAGUUCUUCUGGAGCAUUUUGCCAAUCGCGAGAUCACCGAUCAUCUUGACCAGCUGCCCAGAGAUAUUGCCCAGGAACGCAUGCACCAUGACAUUGUGCGUCUUCUGGAUGAAUACAACGUGGUCCGGAGUCCUGGGCUUCAUAGUGCACCCCUAAGCACCUCCACCCUCUCCCCACCUCUCUGUUCUCCCAAUGACUAUCUCAGCAACCUCAAGCCAAACGUUUCGGGCAAGAAGAUUCGUAAGCCUAGCUCGGGUGGAAAAGGAGGAAAGGACAACGGCAAAGAUAAUAGGCUGAAGAAGAAAAAGUCAGUGGAUGGGAAGAGUAACUUGCUAGACACAUCAGGUGUCCUCUCACCAGUUGAUUCCCUCGAGUCACCCCAUGGCUACCUUUCCGAUGUUGCCUCGCCUCCCAUGGCUUCCCCCUUUCAGCAAUCGCCCCCAAUGUCUUUAAAUCACCUGCAGGGGAAUGGAGAUUCCCAUCCUGGCCAGAUGAACAUGGGUAAGGAUCUGAGUUGCAUGGCUUUUGAUCCUAACCCACCCCGUCUCUCCCAUUUGCCUGUGUCCAGCCCCAACAGUCAGGGCGCAGCAUCUAUAGGUGGUAGCAGAGGGGGGCAGUGUGAUUGGGUCUCCAGGAUGCACUCAAGCAUAGGCCAGCAAGGAAGCUUCACCCAACCACCACAGAUAACCCAUAACAUGAUGGGUCCUCUGCAUGGUGUCAGUACUGCCACCCUGUCUCAGAUAAUGGGCUACCAGAAUCUGCAAACCAGCCAUCUGGGCUCGUCCGCUCACAUGAUGCAACAGGCUCACUCGCGGCAGCUCCAGCACCAGAACUCUAACAACACCACAGCCACUCAGUCCCUCAACCAGAGUUUCCCAACUGUUGAGCUGAAUAGAUCUGACAUGCAGCAAAACAACUGCUCAGGCCGCACCAUGCCCAUCCACACGGUGAUGCCGCAGGAGACCCAGAUUCUUGGCACCCAGUUUCUCACCCCUCCAUCUCAGCACAGCUAUUCAGGCCCAAUGGACAACACACCUAGCCACCAGCUACAGGUGCCUGACCACCCAUUUUUAACCCCCUCCCCUGGGUCCCCUGACCAAUGGUCCAGCUCUUCCCCACAUUCCAACAUGUCUGAUUGGUCAGAGGGCAUCUCCAGCCCUCCCACAAGUAUCCACUCGCAGAUGAAUCUAAUCCCAGACCAGUUUAAGUAAAAACUUGUAAAAUGGACUGAACUCUUGUGUGGACUACAUAAAAAAUAUCCAAUGUUCACCAUGAAUGACACAGAAAAAACUUGUUUCAAGACUGAACAUGUUCUUUUUUCUAUUUUCAGUUUUUAUACUAAUGACAAGAACAAUUUUAGUAAUUUUGUAUUUAUUUAUGUGCUUUUUUGACCUGAAAGAUAAAGAUGUUUUU